AUGGCUCGUGUACAUUGGGCACAUUGCUUCGAUUAUCUUGCUCAGGCCAUCCUCUGCGCCGCAGAUGAUACUCUCGAACCUCCACAAACAGUAUUGAAUGGGCAGGGUCAGAAGAUUCAAAUAAUUGAUGGGGUCGGGCAUAUCGCUCAUCAAUGCCGUGAUCCUGCUCCAUUAUGGCGUGCAGUGAAGCAGGGUAGUGCCCGUCCGUACGAUGAGGCUAUCCUCGGCCAUAGCGUCGGGGCUAGUGGCCUUCUGACAAGUACCGAAUAUUAUCAAAUACCUGAGUUAUAUAGGGCCGGAUAG